AUGGAAGAAGAGGAAAAUGUGACAUCUGAAUGCUGCCUGGUGGACCCCCACCUCCUUCCCACAACUUUUAGGUGGAUGAGCAAUUUGUCGUUUGGGGCAGGUGUGGGGAAGCAAAUCCAGGUUCCAAAGAAAUCCUGGUGGAGGUGCUCCCUGAAGUGGCAAAAAUGGAUUCUGCUGACGGUGGUGGUGAUCUUCCGCAUCCUGAUUGUGGCCAUUGUGGGGGAGACAGUUUACGAGGAUGAGCAGACCAUGUUCAUGUGUAACACGCUCCAGCCGGGCUGCAACCAGGCCUGUUAUGAUAAAGCUUUCCCCAUCUCCCACAUCCGCUACUGGGUCUUCCAGAUCAUUUUGGUGUGCACCCCCAGCCUCUGCUUCAUCACGUACUCCGUGCACCAGUCAGCCAAGCAGCGUGACAGGCGGUACUCGUUCCUCUACCCGCUGCUGGAGAAGGACUGCAUCCGUGAUGGGAAGAAGGUGAAGAAUGUCAACGGGAUCUUGGUUCAAAACCCCGACGGCUUGUCCAAGGAGGAGCCUGACUGCCUGGAGGUGAAGGAGAUUCCCAGCACCCCCUUGCGGCCCCCCAAGAGCGCCAAAGUCAAGCGUCAAGAGGGCAUCUCACGCUUCUACAUCAUCCAGGUUGUUUUCCGCAACGCCUUGGAGAUCGGCUUCCUGGCGGGACAGUACUUCCUGUACGGGUUCAACGUGCCCGCCAUCUUUGAAUGCGACCGGUACCCAUGUGUUAAAGAGGUGGAGUGCUACGUGUCCCGACCCACUGAAAAGACCGUCUUCCUGGUCUUCAUGUUUGCGGUGAGCGGGAUCUGUGUCCUCCUCAACCUGGCUGAGCUCAACCAUUUGGGUUGGCGCAAGAUCAAGACGGCCAUCCGGGGGGUGCAGGCCAGGCGGAAAUCCCUCUGCGAGGUGCGCAAGAAGGACCUCUCCUCGCUGGCCCAAGUGCCUACGCUCGGACGGACGCAGUCGAGCGAGUCUGCCUACGUUUGACGCCCCACGAUCGGUGAGGGGAAGGGGGCUUGGAGAGUCUCCCAUCCACCGAUGCAGAAAGAGAAGAGCACGGGGUGUUGAAUGAACCAUUUCCAGAACUGACCACAAUACCUCCCAGAUCAAACGAUGCAAUUCUCAGCCGGUGCUUUCCAGAAUUCCUCUCCAUUUCAGGACAGAGGAGCUUCACCUCCACUUUAAGGGCUGAAUCCAAGAACUCCAGGCUCUCCAGGGGCCAAAAGGCAGCAAAGAUAAGAGAAGAUGUCCUCCUGGUCUUCUUGCACCCAGAUCGGGUCUCACACUCCAUGGCUACAAGUACCACUCCUACUU